AUGCUUCUCACUGGUCGCUGGAAGCUUUCAGCUCACUGCCGUGUGGCUAAAACUGGUCAUCCGGGCAAUAAUCACUGCACCGGCGGGCGUAGGCAUCUCGAUGACUUGACAAAGACACCGACGCCUUUGGCGCUCGAUUGCUAUUACAUCGACUAUGACGGUACAAAUUGGUUUCGCACUGAGAGGCGCUUCACGAUUGCGAGCUACACUGGCCUGCAGAGCGCUGCGGAGCUCCCAUGCCUUCCGCUUUUCCUUGCAGCGUCAGGUGGCCUCGCUAAUCGUGAUGAGCUGCACCGACAGGGACAAGAAUUCAUCCAGUGCCUCAAUCAUCGCCAUCGCUAUUAUAGCGGAAGAAGCCUCGAUAAAACUCCUCUGGGGACAUCGCUACAGCGUGCGCAAGCUGACGAUCUCGGAUUGACACAGGUAUUUGAGAAGACCAUCGAGAGCCAAGUCAUCAUCGAUUUCGAGCGGGCGUUGCAAGUCAACCCAAUGUGGGCGCCGGAAGAACCUAACGAACCGGGUAUGUACGCCAGAGCGUCGGGUUCUGAAGUUUACGAACCCGAUGACCCCGACGACCUCAUUGAGGAUGACCGUAAGUGGGACACGCUGUUCCGAACGAACUUUCGGGACGAGCAAGCAAGUGAAUGGCAGAGCUGGAGCCGUGGAUCAGCGCAACCGUGUGGAGACAAUCUUAUGCUGUUACCAGAUCGAGUAUACGCGUUCAUCCUACGGACUCGAGAGUGGGCCUGCUUGCGCUGCAGCGGAAAUACAUUCCGUGAUGUGAAGGAACGCAGCGAUGCUUGGAAUGACCUGAAGAUCCCGGAGAGUCACAAGCAUAUCGUUAGAUCGCUCAUCGAAUCACACUUUGCUAAGGGUAAAUCAGGCAACAACGAGUUCGAUCUGAUUCGAGACAAAGGCAAGGGGGUCAUUGUUCUUCUACAUGGUGUGCCGGGCGUCGGUAAAGUAAGGCUCCUUAAUCCAUCCCUCUUACACACUUCACUUGUGUUUUGCGCUAACCCAAAUAAGAUGUCGACCCAGAAUGUGUGGCAGAAGCAUACAGGAGACCGCUACUCCCCAUUACAUGUGUAGAUCUUGGCCUGACAGCAGAGAAGGUGGAGGCAAAGCUGCAAGAAUCUUUCCAGCUCGCACAAGCGUGGAAUUGUGUGCUACUGUUGGAUGAAGCCGACAUCUUUCUAGGUCAGUACAUAAAAGCUUGGUAAUUUCGUUGUAGUGCGCCAAAACUAACCAGAGUAGCCGAGAGGACCGUUCAGGAUGUAUCGCGCAAUGCACUGGUCUCUGUAUUCCUACGAGUACUGGAAUACUACGAAGUACAUGACUAUUCCAAUGCCUACUAUAGCUGCUAAUUCAUCGAUAGGGUAUAUUAUUCUUGACCACGAACACUGUAUGGACAGUGUCUUUUCGUUUUGGACUGCCAAUUUAGCAGCUAACUUCAACAGGUGGGCAUUUUCGACGAGGCUUUCAAAAGCCGUAUACAUAUGUCGCUCUACUACAAAGAGCUCGAUUGGAUCCAGACCAGGGAGAUCUGGCAGUCACAAAUGAAACGUGCCAGCGAACAUAUUCCAAAGAUUGAAUGCGACCCGGACGAGCUGCUUGCAUUUGCGCAAGAACCUUUCAAGAAGCAGCAGAGCAACGAGGGCAAUAUCGGACCUGUGUGGAACGGGAGGCAAAUACGAAACGCUUUCCAGAGUGCUACUGCCUUGGCCAAAUCCGAUUGCAAGGGUCAACCUACAACAAGGGUUAACGUGGGAAAUUUAGAGAAGGUGGCCCAAGUCUCCAACACGUUUAACAACUAUUUGUACCAUACCAAACAUGGCAUGACGGACGGAAAGAUUCUGUACCAGAACAUGGUCAGAUAUGACGACUUCAACACCAACCCAGUGCAGACACAACCCGGGGCUUCGGGGCCAUCUACGUACGCCCGCCAGACCAGGACAUUCAAUCAUCAACAGGCAUAUGCUAGCAACCAACAGCAGCCUCAGUUUCCCAACCACAUGUGGAAUCAACAGCCGGUAAUGAUGUUCGCCCCGCAGGCACAGCAACAGCAAUAUGGGCAAAUGCACCAGCAGAAUCGUCAAGCGGAGUCGUCGCAGAUGCCAAUGAACACGUACGCUAUGCAGACGUAUGCAAACCAGAUGCAGCCCGGCCACAUGCAAAACAUUCAACCGGAAAGUAUUCGACAAGGACUGUUUCAGGGGCAGGAAAAAACAUUUCCGGGUGCGAACCCAGUCCAAUCCUACCAGAACAUUGAACAACAGCAAGGACAACAGCCCGUACCAUUCAGUGCAAACUUGCAGCUUUCUCAACCCGGUCCCGGUUCGAUCCUGAACAACCCUGCUCAGCCGGCUUGA